CGCCUGACGUCACUCUCAGGAAGCGGCAAAAUAGUGCUUUCAGCAGUAUCAAUUUGACUCGGUGAGGUCGCGUCAUAUUUAACUUUAAAACAGCCCAUUUUAAGGCUCACAGAACACAAUAAAGUUAUUCAGUCCUUUCGGGUAUAUUUAAUUUUAGGACCAAACAUAAUCUUUUUUAUUUCCUGAGGGUUUUCAUCGUCACAGAGUGUUUCAACAAUGCCGAGAGGAGGCAAAAAAAGCCAUAAGGGCCGUGGGAAGCAGUUCAGCAACCCUGAGGAGAUUGAUCGGCAGAUGAGAGCUCAGAAGGAAAUGGAAGAAAAUGAAGGGGCUGAACGUGGCAGUUCAUCAGAAUCUGAAGAGGAGAGCAGCAGUGAUGAUGAACAGCCUAAAAGGAAAGGUGUAGAAGGACUGAUUGAAAUCGAGAAUCCGAACAGGGUCUCCCAAAAGAGUAAGAAGGUUGUGGAAAUAGAUGUCAAUGCACCUAAAGAGCUCUCACGUCGGGAAAGAGAGGAGAUUGAAAAGCAGAAGGCUAAGGAGCGAUACAUGAAGCUGCAUCUAGAGGGGAAGACUGAGCAGGCCAGGGCAGACCUGGCCAGGCUGGCCAUUAUAAAAAAGCAGAGGGAGGACACAGCAAGAAAGCGAGAAGAACUAAGGAAAGAAAAAGAAGCAGAAGAGGCAAAGUCGAAACACUAGUCCAAGCAUCAUCACACAGGACAGGGCUUUUCUGGGGAGGGAGGGAAGGGGACUAGUUAUUUAGAGGAGACUGCUCAGGGGAAUCUGUACAUGUCAUCCUUCCAUCCAUCCAAGGUUGGAAGAUUUGGACAUUUAUAGGAAGUCAAAUGGAAGGUGGUGUAUGAUGUUGGAGUUUGUUGGGUUUUUAAUUUAAAUACCAGCCAACUUCACUCACCUUAUCCUUCCCCUGACACAUUCACUGUGCGCAGACUCUAAAGCUGCUGGAGUUUACUCUCAAUUUCUACAUUUCUAUGAUGUUAUCACCAUUACAUUAGAUUGGGAUGUUAUGGAAGAGUGAGGUAGGGUUGCAGGUGAGCUGAUAGGGAAGAAUGAAGCAGGUUGUAGUGUGGAAUAGUCCAUCACUAACUUAGACAUUUUGUAUUUUUAUGUAAAGAAAAAUAUCAGCCCUUCUACUGUACUGUCUUUUGUCAAUCUUUGUGGCCUCAUCCUGUUUAAGUGCAAAAUGCAUCUGUAGUCAUUUAAAGGUUAAUAGAAGGGUAUUUUGGUUGUUACCUUGUGAAAUCAGGGCAUGUUGGAACCUAAUGCUGCAGGUUACAUCAUUUAAAAUGUUAUUGUUUUUAAGUACUUAAACACAAUCUAAUGCAAUCUCACAGAAAAAGGCAUCGCUAUAAACAGGACAGUAUUAAAGUAGCUGCUUCAGCACAGCUGAUGGAGCUGUUGCAUGUCUCUGCAUUCACCACAUCAUCUUCUAUAAUGCCCCUUUACUCAGGGGUUUUCCAUUUCUCUUGAGGUGGGACCAUUGUUCAGACUCACUGGUGUGCCCUCAUAGUAUUUUGAAGAGUUUUAUGCUUUAGCCAAUUGCUGGGACCUGACUUGCCUUUACCAUUUAAGGAAAGCAAUAUUACAUUGAUGAUGCUCAUGGUGCAACAUUUUUUCCAGUUCUUAAACACAAUUAUUUACAAAGUAUUUUAACAUUUGUAAAGCAUUCACCAGCACUGAAAUAAAUAUUUACAUGGGGUAUUGAUAUGAAAUCAGUGGAAUUCCUUAUUUGAAACUUUGUUGUAUACAA